CAAAUCUACUGAUUGAUUGACUAGCCAUGGGUGAAAACUUUGGCGUUUCAGGUCCAGGCUUCGUGCCUGGGGCCCCUCCGCUCAACAGCAUCGACACUGGCGUGUUUAUCAAUGAAUUGACGAACCUCGGACUCUUGCCCGACAAGCAUGAGAUAGUUCCUUUCUCCCUGGGGCCCGAGACCACAGCAGGGGGCAAAACCACCGAGCAGGCUCCUGUGCCCGAUACAUCUCAGGAAGUAACAUACCGGGGUACCCAGCUGGCGCUGCUGAAGACCUAUGAAAUCAUCGAGCACCGCCACCACUCCUUCAUGGAGGUAAUGGAGUUCGAUUCUUCGCUUCCCCCGAAUCGGCCUGCGGAGGAGAAGCGCAAGCAUUACUUAUUCACCCGCGACGACGACGUUUUCCCACCCCACUUGAAGCUUGUCGGUAGAGACGACGAGGCAUCAAAGGAUCAGAGACUAGACCUCCCGCUAGAUAAUAUUUUUGAUAGCAUGCGUCUGACCCAGGCGGGGGCCCUGAUGCGUGGCUUUCUCGUGUGGUACAAACGGUGGGCGGCCUCAGAGAUUGCCAGAUGGCACCUUGGGGAACUGGGCACACCGGAUGAAGGGAAGACACUCAAAGAAGUGGAAGAUUAUAACAAAAAAAGGCUCGAGAUAUCAAAAGACUUUAAGGGAAGAGAACAAGACAAGCCAAAGAAUGAUAUAUUCGAUAAACCCAAUGUGGGAGAGUUGGAGGACUGGUACAGCGAUGCCGCGUUCGCCCAGCAGCAGCUCACAGGGGUCAACCCAACAACUAUCAAGCAAGCUUCAGAUGAAUGGCUUGACCAUUUUAUUCAGGCCUCAAACGACCACGAGGAUCACGCUAUUACUGAUAUCAUAAAGGAUCUCAAAAACAGCUCCCGAGAGUCCCUAUACAUGCAGGAUUAUAGCUACUUCCGCAAAGCUGCCGGAAUGGACCCCGCAGGUGACAUCAAACAGUACUGGAAAGAUGGCGUUUGGCCGUGGAGCAAAUAUGGCUAUCGGUAUAACUGCGCAUCAGUGUGUCUUUACUAUCUCAACGAGACAGGCCAGCUAUACCCGUUGGCUAUUGUGAUCGACUGGCGAGAUAGCGCCAGGGACUCUGUGACAAUCUUCAACAGGACAAUGUUCAAGUCGAAGGACCUCAGAACGGGAGCCGACAUUCGGGAGAAGGAACAUCAGCUCGAGGAGGAGAAAAAGGACUGGCCUUGGAGAUACGCCAAAACCUGCGUCCAGAGUAGUGACUGGUUCCAGCAUGAAGUCACGGCCCACCUUACCAAUACUCACUUUAUUGAAGAGGCCAUCAUCGUUGCCUCUAACCGACAAUUCGACGAUGAACAUGCGGUAUUGCAGUUGCUCAGGCCACACUGGCGCAAGACCCUGGCUCUGAAUCAGGCUGCCCGAUCAACCCUUGUGCCCCAUGUUGUUCUUGAUCUAGUUGGGUUCUCAGACAAACAGGCGAGCAAAUUCAUCUGGGAUGCGUACACCAAAUUCGACUUCAAGGAGAACUAUGUUCCAACAGAGCUCAAGAACCGUGGAUUCCCUCCAGAGAAACUCGGUGAUGGAAAGUUUCACAACUAUGCGUACGCUAAGUGCAUCAACAGCAUGUGGUGGAAGAUCAGGAAGUUCGUCAAGGGCAUUCUCGCUGCUAUAUACGGUGGGCCUGGUGCCGACGACAAAAUCAAGGCAGACAAGCAGAUUCAGGCCUGGGUUGAAGAGCUGCAAAAUCCAAAUGGUGCCAAUCUGAAGACAUUCCCCGAGAUCAAAACAUUCGAUGAACUGGUUGACUGUGUGACCAUGUGUAUCCAUAUCGCGUCACCUCAGCAUACUGCCGUCAAUUAUCUACAGAACUACUACCUGUCCUUUGUGGUCAACAAGCCACCGUGUCUUUUCGAAGAGCCUCCGAAAACUCUGGAGGAACUGCUGCGUUAUACCGAGCAAGACCUGGUCAAGGCGUUGCCUAUGAACCAACCUGCUGAAUGGCUUCUCGCUUCCCAUAUCCCAUACCUGCUCAACAAGAACCCGGACAACGAUGAAACCUUGCGUCACUACGCCCAAUCUGCGGCCGGCCUUUUUCGCACUAAACAAGGGGAAUCGGAUCAAGCCAUUGCAAAAGCUGCAACUGACUUCCUCACUCAGCUUGAUCAGAGCAAAGAGGAAUUUGAAAACUACGCAAAGGAGGUGGAUAGCUGGGAGAACCUCAAGUACCAAGUGCUGUAUCCUGAAAGCAACGCCGUGUCAAUUUUGAUUUAGAUCCAUGGCGUAAUCAUUUCUUUAACGCUGGUUACAUGCUAUAUCUAAUCUGGAUUUGGAUGGAAAGAUCACUCCAUGUACUUGAUAAUGUUUAGUUAAUGUCUAAUAAUUUUAGUUUUUGAUUUUGUAUAUUCUUUGCUUAAUCUCAGAGUUCCUCAGUCGGUGUGAUUGGAGCCCUCCUCCCUUGAAUCUUGUUGUUCUUCGCCUAAACCCUAACUCGCCCAUGCGG